AUGUUCACUGCAGCAAGGUUAGGAUUAAGGGUGAACUCCUCAUCCUCCUCCGUGAUCAUUCGAAGAAGCUUAGCAGCAACGGUAAAAGCAACAACUUUAGCAGGUGAAGAAGCUUACGAAGCAGCAAUAAAGCCCACGAGAGCAAUCCCCAAAUUAACUGAUGUCUUAAUCGUUGGAGGUGGUCCUGCAGGAUUAACUUUAGCAGCAGGAAUCAAGACUUCCCCUGAAUUAUCCAACUUAUCUACCGUAUUAGUGGAUGCAGGAGAUUUACAAAACAAAGUUGGCUCAUUCUAUCAUAAGCCUCCUGAAUGGUAUACUAACAGAGUUGUUAGUUUGACUCCGAAAUCAUUACAUUUCUUAGAGGAUCGGAUUGGUGUGAAAUUGAUGAAUGAAAGAAUUCAACCUUAUGAUGGUCUUUAUAUCACAGAUGGUUGCUCUAAUGGGACUCUUGAUUUGGAGAAGGAUUCCAUGUUGUAUAUGGUUGAGAUAUUGAAUAUUCAAUCAUCAUUAUUGAAUAAGAUUUCUCAAAUGAGUUUCGCCAGAGAAAGUUUGAAUAUAUUGGAUAAAGUGAAAGUGGAAUCAAUCGAGUAUACCAACCCGACUGACCCCACUUCAUGGCCUAUUGUGACCCUAAGUAAUGGAGAAGUUUAUAAGACGAGGUUAUUAGUGGGGGCAGAUGGGUUUAAUUCACCAGUGAGGAAAUUUUCCAAUCUUUAUUCGAGAGGUUGGGCAUAUAAUACCUAUGGUCUUGUUGCUACAAUGAAAUUGAAAUAUCAACCAUUUAAAAUCAGAGGUUGGCAACGAUUUUUGCCUACGGGUCCCAUUGCUCAUUUACCAUUGCCCGGUGAUAAUGCAACGUUAGUGUGGUCCACUGGAGGUGAAUCAUUAUCUAAAUUAUUGUUAUCUAUUAAACCUGAACAAUUUGCCAUUUUAGUGAAUGCUGCGUUUGUCUUAGAUGAUAUUGAUAUGCAAUAUUAUUACAAGAAAUUACAUGAUAAUGCUAUUACAACCGAGGAGUUACAAAAAGAUGUGGAUUGUAGAAUUGAACAAGUGUUUGAGAGUAAAGGAAUUGAUAAGAUGGAUGAUACAUUUAUUGAUGAACAUUAUCCACCUAUUGUUAGUGAAAUCAUUGAUAAUACAAGAGCAAGGUUCCCAUUAAGAUAUUCUCAUGCUGAUAAAUAUGUUACUGAUAGAAUUGCAUUAGUUGGUGAUGCAGCUCAUACUACUCACCCGUUGGCGGGCCAAGGGUUGAAUAUGGGGCAAGGGGAUGUGGAAAGUUUAGUUAAUACUUUGGAAAAGGCUACAUUAAGAGGAUUAGAUAUUGGAUCGUUGUUAGCAUUAGAACCAUUUUGGGCAGAAAGAUAUCCAUUUAAUAAUGUUCGUUUGGGGAUGGCUGAUAAGUUACAUAAACUUUAUCAUACCUCUUGGUCACCAAUUGUUGGAUUAAGAACUUUAGGUAUUAAUUUAACUAAUAAAUUUGAUCCUGUUAAGGAUGGUAUCAUUGAUACUUUGGCAGGUGGUCAAUUCAAUGCUGAUUAG